AUGUCAGACAGCAAAGUCAUUGACCUCGACACUACUCACUCAGAAGCUCUACACAAUGUUCACAUUCACAUCCCUUCGGAACCCCCCAAAAUACUGCCAGAUUGUCAUCUCUUGAUUGCGGAUCCCCUCAAUGUUAACUUGCCCACACAAUCUUCAGCCCUCAUUCUCCUGAAACCGACAUUCUCGCACGUGCUCUAUGUGUUUGAUUCUGAUGGCCAAUGGCUUAAUAAAUGCUUUCUGGCCUUUCUGAGCAUCAAAACAGACCUGAACUAUGUGAUCUGGACAAUUUUGAGGGCUUACAAGGCCGAAUCUGGUCAAUCCGGACAAUUUUGA